UUUAACCAUUUGCACAUUGACAUUGUCUAUAGUAGCCUGAAGAACUGCCGUGUGCGUGUAGACUGAUAUUAAUGUAGCUGAAUGGGCUAGCACUAGGUUAGGAAAUAAAUUGAUGGUUUUGUGUGUUCAAAUGAGAAAGGCAUUUGUAUUUGGACAGGUGUGUUACCUGUAGCAGUCUCAAAAAGGGGCAGGGCAAUACCCUUCGCCACUUCUUCCGGCACUGCAUUACACCUUUGCUGACUGUAUGCAAAUUAAUCAAACUCGAAAGAAAAUAUCGAUACGAAUGGAAAACUUCUAUUUCGCACUUUUCUUAAUUAACCUAACUAGAUUUGAGCCUGCGGUCAGCCAAGUGCGUAUCGUUUAACAGCAGUGGUGGGAUUGUCCACUUGGGAGAGAAGCAUAGUGAACAGCUUCCUGUUAAUAGAGAAGUGCGUCUUAUUUCAAUUCCAGUGACUGACUGCGCACAGCUUUCACUAGCAGAGCGGGGGCAUUGACGCAUUGUGGAGUCGACAGGGGUAGCACUGCCAAACCGGCUGCGCUACAGACGCAUCCAUGAGCGAAACCGCGAUGGCCGUGGUGCAGCUCGAAACGGAGGACCAUCAACCGGAGAACGGCUUUGUGCCCCCCGAAUCCACGUCGCCGGGAUCGCUCACUCGUAUUGACGGUUGUGUCUUGCCAUUUCUCGGAGGAUUUGGGAAGUACCAGAGACAUUUAAUCGUCCUGACAUGGAUCCCGGCGAUAUUUAUUGGAUUCAGCCAGUACUCUGAUAAUUUCCUUCUUGCCCAGCCGAACAACACAUGUGUUCAGCCUUUGACAAACACGACCAAUUUGUCAAGAACUCAUUCUUCUUUAUAUAAUGGUCCUGGUAAUAGCACUACGCGUCCAGCGUACAUUUAUGCCAAUGGCAGUUAUGGCACUCGCAAUGAUUCUGCUAACAUGCAAUGUAUGUGCAAGGAAUGGACAUUUGAGCUGCACACAGGACUUGUGCGGAAUGUGGUUACAAAGUGGAGUCUGGUGUGUGAGUCAGCAUGGAAAGUCCACAUCGCCAAGUUCUCCCUGUUGGUGGGCUCCAUCUUCGGAUACCUGGUGUUCGGAGUCCUGGCCGACUGGUUUGGCCGCCAUCCGGUGCUGAUCAUCUCUGUGUUCUUCAUGCUGGUGUUCGGACUGACCGUGGCGUUCUCCAUCAACGUGCCCAUGUUCAGCACCGUGCGCUUCUUUGAAGGCUUCUGUCUGGCCGGCAUCACCCUCUCCCUCUACGUCCUCAGGAUUGAGCUGUGUCUGCCGGGCUGGCGUUUCACCGUGACCAUGGUGGCCAGUUUCGUGGUGUUGGGGGGGCAGCUGCUGAUGCCCGGGGUGGCAUACCUGUGCCGGGACUGGCAGGUCCUGCAGGCCGUCAUCGUGUGCCCGCUGUUCCUCAUGCUCUCCUACAUCUGGAUCUUCCCAGAGUCGCUGCGAUGGCUGCUGUCCACUCAGCAGUACAGUCGCUCCAAGUACAUCAUGGGACAUAUCGCCAAGAAGAACCAGAUCAACACUGAACUGGACCCUGACCUGAUCCUCACAGAGCUGCAGAGAGCCCUGCAGAUGAAGCCCAAGAGAACGUGCAUCGUGAAGAUGGUGGGCACCAGGAAUCUGUGGAAGAACAUCGUGGUCCUCUGUGUCAACUCGCUGACGGGUUACGGGAUCCACCACUGUUUCGCCCGCAGCAUGAUGGACCACGAGGCCCACGACACGGCCAUCUUCCACAACUUCUACGCCGACUACUACACCAAGGCUGGCAUCGCCGUGGCGUCCUGCCUGGCGCUGUGCCCGGCCGUGGGGCUGAUGGGACGGCGCGGCGGCCUGCUCAUGUUCAUGAUCAUCACCGCCCUGGCCUCGCUGCUGCAACUCGGCCUGCUUAAUUUGGUGGGCAAGUACAGCGUGCAGCUGAACAUAGAGCGCUCAGAUACGCUGAAUAAGAACUUCUCUAUUGCCUUCUCCAUCAUCGGCAUGUUCUCCUCCCACGCAGUCAGCAACCUGAGCAUCUUCUUCUGUGCUGAGAUCACCCCCACAGUCAUCAGGGGUGGUGGUCUGGGUCUGGUGCUGGCCAGCGCUGGCUUCGGCAUCCUAACCGCGCCCAUCAUGGAGCUCCACAACCAGAAGGGCUACUUCCUCCACCACAUCAUCUUCGCCUGCUGCACCCUCAUCUGCAUCAUCUGCAUCCUGCUGCUGCCCGAGACGCGCUACCAGCCCCUCCCGGAGACGCUGGCCGACAGCGAGUUCUACACCCGCCCGCCCCUGCUGCCGCCCCGCAAGCCGGUGGAGCAGCGCCUCCUGCUGGCACCGCAGGACGGCAGCCGGGACGACACCCACGACACGCCGCUCCACGAGGCGGGCGCCGCGGGCGCCGCCGCGUCCACCAUGGAUUCCACCGCCUCGUCGGCCGUGGACCUCACGGCGCCCUCCGUCGUCGACGUGUCCGCGUCCCCCGCCACGGAGCUCGGGCUGCUCAAGCCGCGGCUGGCGGGCCGCAACGGACGCUCCUUCGCCCCGCCCCCGGGCACCCCCUCCGCCCUGGAUGAAGGGGGGGUCGUGCUGGGGAGCCGGGAGAAGCUGUUGUCCUCCACCCCUCUGCACAAGGCUCCACCCUCUCCUACCGAGCCCCUCCUGGCCUCCGCUGAGGACUCCACCACCCCUCUGAUGAAGUCUGUCGCCCCUUCCAUUGAUUCGCCCGCCACCUUGGUCAAUGACUCUGGCCCCUUCCCUGCCAAGGACUCCCCUCCCUCAACCCCUGCCAUUGUCCCCCUCUCUAUCUCUUCAUUGGACUCCCCUGUCACAGACCCACCCUCAACCCCCAUACUGGUAUCAACCACUUCCAGCUUUGACCCCCCGCCUACUUCGACAUCUCCCUCCCCAGUCCUCCAUGAUCUCAUUCCCUCCCCAGCUAAGGACUCUUCCAUCAACCCCUUACUUGAACUUGACCCUACUUCCACUUUGGACUCAACCACUUCCCCUUUUCUUGAAGUUUUGCCUCCCCCUACGUUAGACUAUCCCACCUCACCUGUACUUGAAACCACCCCUCCCCCCAUUUUGGAUUGUACCACUUCCCAUGUACUUGAAACCACCCCUCCCCCCAUUUUGGAUUGUACCACUUCCCAUGUACUUGAAACCACCCCUCCCCCCAUUUUGGAUUGUACCACUUCCCAUGUACUUGAAACCACCCCUCCCCCCAUUUUGGAUUGUACCACUUCCCAUGUACUUGAAACCACCCCUCCCCCCAUUUUGGACUCUUCCACUCAACCCGUUAUUGACCCUCGUCCCCCCUCCCCUUCCCGCUCCCCCACCCCUCAGGUUAAUGAUACUGACCCCCCUCCCACGCACAUCACCAUCUCAGUAGAAUCCCCACCCCCUGUCACCCUAGACUCCAUCAACCCCACCUCACCAGACCCCGUGUCUCCAUCAGUACGUGGGACUGCAUCCACCCCUGACAUCCCCUCCACUCCCCCCACAGCGGACUGUACCAUUCUCCCUGUCACAGACCUUGUCCUCCCCACCACCCCGCUUGUCAUAGACUCAGAACCCGUCGCUGCAACAGACUGUCCUCCCCUGGAGGCGCCCCCCCCUGCCUUCCUUGUGGACUGCACUGUCUCCUCCCCCGUGGACUUUGGUCUCCUCCCAGUGACAGACUGUGCCAUCACAGGAAAUAGCAUUGUGAACGGAGUGGACUCCUCAUGAUCCAAUGUCUCGAGCCCCAUGGAGAAGACGGGAGGGGUUGGGCUUGGGCCCCACUCGGGACCCAGCUCAUGUCACUUGAUCUGGGGGGGGGGGGGGGGGGGAGAGACAUGUACCAUCUGGCCGGCCAGGUUUCGGACCCUUUAGAUGCUCUGUAGAGAGACUGGCUCCACCUUGAGGUGAGGAGGUGGUAUUUGUUGGGGGUGCCUCUUAGUUGGCUAUUGCCACUAAGGAGGACAUUGUUUUGACAGAGGCUUGAAGUUAGCGGUCAUGCUUUGACAUUGUGGGAAUCCCCUCUGCCCCCCUGAAUAUCACUGGACGUCGCCAGCCUUUGGUCUGUGGAGAGUCUCGGUGGGUCGUUUUCUGAGGGGCUGUGAGCCAAAAAGCCCAAGUUCACUUCUACAGUAUGACAUGGUUGGUUGGAGAAGUCAUAUCCAUCUGUGCAUUUGCGUAAGAUGUUCGCCCAGUGUGUUGAUGACGACAGCAAACCGCCUUACCUAAAAAAAAAAAAACAUGUUGAAUUAUGAAUGUCCUUUAAAUGGCCGAAUUCUAAACCAAAUCGAGGCUUAUUUUUAUUUUGACAAAGAAUGGACAUAUUUGCUGAACCACCUAAAAACCCAAAGUUAUUUAUCUUUGCAAAUGAUGUGUUUAGUGUCAUGCGAUUUAUAGAAAAUAUCUGCCAUUAGUGGACAGUGGGAAAUACAAUAGACAAAUAGCUGAACUCUAGGCAGCCCUGAGUGUUAUAAAAGCAUGUGUGUGUGAAUAUCAAUCACACUAAUCAAAUUUGUUUCCAAAGGUGCAAGGACUUUAAUUUGUAUCGUAGGAAACUCAAAAGUGAGAAAUCCUGGAGUCAUGUGGUCCGAGUCCCUCUGCUAAGCUGAACACUGGACUGGACACAGUGUGAGGACAUCUUUUCCAUUGGUCUGAAGGCGUGUAUUCUGAUUUUUCCACCCUUUUCAAGAUAUCAAUGCAUUUUAAAAAGUUUUUGUAAAAUGAUGUUGUCAGUAAAUCACAAACCUUAUGUUGUUGUGCUGCCGAUAUUGAGCUUGAUAAAAAAAGAAAAAGAACAUUCUGCCUUCACAUGGGGUGCCCUCAUUUUUCCAGGCUGUAAGGCACAGCUUCAGUGUUUGUGUCAAAGUAAUUGACACCUUAUCCUUUGCUAGGAGGACAAAGCAUGUACACAUUAUUACAUUGUCAUCAAAACAACGUUUUUACCACUAGGUCAGAAUGCUUUGUUUUGGAACAGACCAAGCUAUUCUCCGAAUUGACAAAAUAAUUGCAUCUUCCUUCAACAAUACAUUUUUCAUUGCCAAACUCUAAUGUCCAUUUUUAUAAACGUGGAUUUUCUUUUGAAAUGUAACACCUGUUUUGUUUUUGUAUCGAAAGUAUAUGAAACUAAUUUAAUUUACAAAAAAGCUGCAGUAUUGCUUUAUUUGUGAUUUUUUUCAUUCCGAGCCUUUCCCCCCCCCCAUCUUUUUUUUAUUUCACGAAUGUAGAAACCAUUAACACAAGGUACUUAUUUCAUCGUAAUCAGUCUAGAUAUGACAGAGCUAUCAGGUCUCUUGAAGAAAACCUCCGAUUAUUGUGUUAAAAACACAUACAUGACGACUGUCUUCCCUCUGGUCUGAUGUCGAACAAUGUGAUACUUACAUAAGGUCUGGGGCUUUGCCAAUGCUAGCUAAAGAUGCGACAUAAAAAUACUUUGGAAAGGAAGUUCUAUGAAGGAAUGGACAUGUAGAUAGGUCAUCGUUUACAGACAUAUUUCUCCUGUUAAAACAAUGCCAUUGUACUGUAGACCAAAUGUACAAUAAUUAAAUGAUGUCUUGUCAUUUCAAAUGUGAUGGACUCCUCCAUCUGUAACAGUGGGAUUUGUGCUUUAGGGUUAGGGUUGCUUAAGGGUUUACAACACAGUUGUUGUCAGCAACUUGUCACCACCCAUUUUAUGAAGUGAUCUUGAAACUCUCGUGGGCUGACAUUCAGGAUAUGCAAUGGCGUGCAAGAUUAGUUGAUGUUUGACUGACAUGGAUGUUACAACCUCCAUAUUUUCUCAGAAUUGAAAGGUAAUAGCAUAUUCAGUGCGAGCUGAUAGGUUCAUCUUGAGGUGUUGAUAAGGGGGUGCUUAUGUUAAGUAGAUGAUCACAGAAUAUAUAACAUUAUGAUAAGACAAAGGUCUUCCUGUCAGAGUUAGGAAAACAGACAAUUGUAAUGUAGACUGUCAUUAUUGAUGGAUUCAUAGUUUGUGAGAUACACUGGGAAACAGCCUCUGUGUAUAAGAAGUGUACAAUAAACUGCUUCAGUGGCCCUGUGUUGGUGGUUGAGUGGAUUGAAUGUAAAAACCACUGAUUGAACGUGUUUAUUUUUACCAUUUUUUAACAUGAGUAAUGCACUUGUACAUAAGCCAUAUGUGUCGUUGUAAUAAACUUCACUAUUUAUUGAUCAAAUAU